CUCCUUAGAAGCGCACUGGAUGCUGGGAUAGCUGCCGCAAAGAGGCUCACGGUAGAAGAGGAGUUUGGAAGCAGCGGUGAAUAGAAAAUGGCCGAAAAUCAGACACAAAGUCCCCUUGAAAAGAAGGUGGCCGAACAGAUCGAGUACUACUUUGGUGACCAUAACCUACCCCGGGACAAGUUCCUCAAAGAGCAGCUGAAGCUGGAUGAUGGCUGGGUGCCGCUUGAAACGAUGAUCAAAUUUAACAGGCUGAAUCGCUUAACCACAGACUUCAAUGUUAUUAUUGAGUCGUUGCAAAAAUCCGCAACAGGCCUCAUGGAAAUCAGCGAAGACAAGAAAAAAAUCAGACGGUCUCUGAGUAGGCCCCUUCCAGAAGUGAACGACGAGUACAAAGAUGCUCUGAAACACAAAUCUGUUUACAUAAAAGGUUUUCCUAUAGAAACAACCCUUGAUGAAAUCCAGGAAUGGUUAGCUGGAAAGGGAAAUAUUGAAAAUAUUCAAAUGAGGAGAAAUCUACAGAGGCAGUUUAAAGGUUCCAUAUUCCUUGUUUUGGACUCAGAAGAAUCAGCAAAGCAGUUUGUGGCUCAUCCAGAUGUAAAGACAUUCAAGGACAAUGAAAUGAUUGUCCUGUUAAAAGAGGAUUACUAUGCCAAGAAAACAGAGGAAAGAAAACAAAUCAGAGCACAGGCCAAGGCUAAAGCUAAACAAGAAAAGGAAGAAAAACAAAAGCAGGCAGAAGAUGAAGAGAUGAAAUCUCUCGAUGAACAGACAGGCUGCCUUCUGAAGUUUUCUGGGGAUCUGGAUCAGAUUUCAAGAGAGGACUUUCAUGAAUUAUUCCACGGACAUGGUCAGAUCAAAUGGAUUGACUUCAUUAGAGGAGCCAAGGAGGGUACUAUUCUGUUUAAAUCAAAUGCCAAGGAAGCCCUUGAUAAGGCUAAAGAGGCAAAUGGAGGCAAACUGGAAAUAAAGAACAAAAGUGUGCAAUGGGAGGUACUGGAGGGAGAGGUGGAGAGAGAAACACUAAAGAAGAUAAUUGAGGACCAGCAGGAGUCCUUCAACAAACGAAGGGGCAAAGGUGGUCGUAAAUCUGGAGGUAGAGGAAGAGGAGGCCGAAAAGACAGAGGUGGAAGAGAUCAAGGCCAAGUGAAGUUCCAGGGCAAGAAAACUAAAUUUGACAGUGGGGAUGAAGAUGAAGCAGCGGCACCUCCCAGUCCUAAGAAAAGAGCUCUGGAUACAGGAAAUGGACAAGAUGCUGAAGAACCAGCUGCUAAACAAGGGAAGACAGAAAAUGGUUCAGAUGACUGAAUAAAGCAAACCAAAUCUUUCAUUUAAUCUUUAUUUGAGAUUGUUGGU